AUGGGUACAGAGGUUUUGAGACCACAAGAUUGUUUAGGAGAAAGGUUCCGGGUGUCUCAGGUGGCGUUUCAUAAUCGCCGGAAAAACACGAAACACGGAGAAGCUGGUUACAGGAAGCCGGUUUUCCGAUCUGAAAGGUCGGAUCAGAAUCAGAAGAAGAAAUUUAACAACCAACAUGAAAAUUCCAUAUCCAAGAAAUCAUCAAGCGCCGAUUCGUUGAAAUUCAGGAGUGAUAACGGGCCUGUUAUGGGGCAGGUCACCAUUUUGAGAAGAGGGGAGUCAUUAGAUUCUCUAAAUCCGAAAAUUAACAGCAACAAAAAAUUGGGUUCACCAAAGCGGAGUCCAGUUGAUGAUAUGGUGGUUUAUGGGACCGAAAGAAUUGGUCCUGACACCCCAGAAAUGGCGCCGAUGCAGAUCCGGCUGGUGGCGCAGCCGGCCUCGGCCCGUAGGGGUGGUGCAGACACCUACGCCGGAUCGGCGUUUUCCACGUCUCCUUCUCCUAGAUCUCUGCCUGUUCCUUCAUUUUUCAACAAGAAGAAACAAGAUAGUGCACGCCAAGUGUUCGACGAUUCGGCUACAAGAGAUUUGAGACGAUUGCUUCGUCUUGAAUGA